AUGAAACUGACAUUGCUCAACUUUCAUAGUUUCUCUAGGAAAGGAAAAGAGGAACGGGUGGAUGGUUUUACUUUAAGGGGGACUACUUAGAUCCAUAAAUUUGAUCCUUUAUUGGUAAUAAUUAUUUUUAGUUUAAAAGCUGUUAGUUAUUCAAUUACAUUUUUUUCUGGUCUGAGGGGUGAAUUUAAGGGGGUUUUGGAUCCCAUGAUCUUAUCCUGGUUCAGUCACUACAAGGGUCUAGUUAAUGAACAUUAAUUGGGGGGAAGAACAUGUGAUAUUAAUUUACUCAUUAGUGCACAGUUAAUGGUGAGUGAUUAUUUGCAAAAGUGAAGAAUAAUUCUUACUUAUUUAUUUACUCUGUUCAAAAACUCUUUUUUUAGGCUGAAAGUGAAAAAGAAAGGCUGCGAAAGGUACUAGAAUUAUUAUAGAUUUUACCAAAAACUCAGGAGGGGUUAUGUAAAAUUAUAAAUUACAGCUAUUGCAAAAGAUUUUACAGAUGAGUGUAUUUACACAGGAAUAUAAAGCAAGCUGCAAUGAAACAAAUACAAUGGUAGCUUAGAUUAACAUUUUGGCCUGCAAAUAAAGAAAAAAAUCUCAUAACGUAGCACAUAAAUUUAAGAAUCCCAACUGUUUGUAGUCAAGUCAGUUGGCUACAAGAGGGCAUGGCUGAGGAGUUAAACUUGCCAAUGCUGUGAACAACUGUUCCUAGUGGUGAAAGCGUGAUUUGAACCUGAUGUGAUCAAGUUUGAAUCCAGCACCUCACACAACUUGGUCAUUCUGACUCCUCCAAGUCUUAAUCAUGUUUUAUUUAAGGUUUAGGAGGUGUACUGUACAGUUUUUAGUAAACAUGCACAGUGUAGUUCUCUUUAUUCUUGUAGGAGAAAGAGCAAGAUAAAGAGGUGCAAGCUAUCAAGGUAAUGUAUCAUCAUCUAAAUGAGAUUUGUGUGUGAACAAGACAGUGUUUAUACAUGUAUGCCAGUAAUAAAAUUGUCUAAAGAAGGUAAAAUCUUUAUCUAGUAUACAAGUCAUAAAAAUAGUCUGCUGCAGUUAUUCAGAUGGUAUGGAAUGGAAGAGUGUCAGCACAUGAUUUCUAUGAAACAACUAGGAUUUUCUAUGAGAAAGAUGAUUUUUCCGUCAGUGACACAGGUGACUCAGAUGAAAAAAAUCCCAGUUUUCCAAAAGGCCGAUUUAGACAGUAUGAUUUUUCCUUGCACGGCUAGCACGCACGGUUAGCAUGUGUCCUGACUUCACAACAGAUCGUGUUGUGUAAAUUAGACCCACUACAUUCGUACGACAUUGGGGAUGUCAUAAGUGAAAAUUGUGCACGUGUGGAUGGUCAAAAGGUGUGACGUAUGCUGGUCGUGCACGAUAGUCGUGAGCAAAAAUUGUACUGUCUAAAUCAGCCUAAUAGGAGUUGAACCUAUGACCUUGUGGUUACAAGUCCAGAGGCUCUACCACUGAGCUACAGGAUACUCGUGGAAGCUGAGACCACUAGAUUCAUGAACCCAGGAGCAAAUGUUAGGCACCAGGGGUCAAGCUGGCAUUGCUAGAGCACAGCCUUGGUUUUCAAGAUAGUGUUGGAAGGCAAAAGGUCUUAUAAGUUCAUACAAUCGUUUACUUAGAAAAACUGGGAAAAUACCCACCUACCCCUCCCCUAACCCAAAAUUUUGCCUCAAGGGAAGAAAUAGUAGUAUCAAUGUUGGUUUAGGGGGGGGGAUGGGGGAAGGUGGGCAAAUCUUAGCAUUUUAUGCUGAUCCAAAAGGUACAUGGGCCAGUUUUUUGGUGCAAUUUUUGUAGGAGGGAUUACAUUGUGUAAAUUGUCUGUACAAACUAGUGGGAAUUUUAUGGCUAUUUGUCGCCACAAAAUCACGGCUUUUUUACUGCUCGAUCCUGAUGUGAUUCAUCAGAGAUUUUCUGUGCAAGUGUUACUAAGAAUCUACCUUGGCAGAAAUCAUGCCUAAAAUUGCACAAAAUGUCACCUGUGUAAUUGGGCCUUUAACAAUGUUUGUCUGUCCUGCUUCAUUUCAGGAGCGAUACCCAGGUGGAGCCAAAAAAAGAAAGAAGGUUCGUCGUCUUGCUGACAGAAAGUUUGUUUGACUGGGACACAGGAGAAGACACUGCUGUCGACUACAAUCCACUGUAAGUGCUCACAUGACUGCACCAAGCUUUUUCGUGCCAUCACCAUUGACACAUUUAGUUGAAACAAGCUAUUUUAUUGAUUCUUUGGUGCAGUAGUUUUUAUUUAUUUUAAUAAGUGUUAUUGAGACACAUAACAAAUUGGUUUUAUUCUGUUUGUUAAAAAUACAAAUCAUUGUAAAUUAUUGAAUGUAGAUUUGCCAUAAUUGACUUGACUGUAUUGCUGUAUAGUACCAAUAAUUAUCACGACUGCUCUUAGCUUGCUCUUGAUUCAAUUGCCUCAAAACAACACAGGCUUUUGUCAGCAGUCCGGAGGUACUUAUCCAAGGGUGUAGCGAGUAAAGUUUUGGCUGUUUUAAUAAUACACCUCCUGUUUGGACUAAGGUUUCAAUGUUGCCAGGUAUAUGCAAUUAGGAGGUCAGGAACUGGACAGGUAGCAAGGUCUUUUCCUUCUAUAUUGUAAGAAAUCAAAUAGACCAUAGAAAUGGCGUCAAAAUGUUCAUUACACAAGUGAACCACGAGCUGCAGGCCUUUGAAAGUAGCAGGGGUCAUUGCGGGGGAAAUCCCAAGCCCCUGGACGUCACUGACAUCCCUGAUUAAUGCCGGUUAUUAAAACUGGUUUCACAUCUAAACAUAGGUUGUUGUUAGAGCGAUUUUCGAAUGACCUUGAAAUGAAAACGGGCGAACAAAACAGAAACAACAAACGAACGGAAAUAGAGCGAUUUGAUUGGUUUUUCGAACGGAUAUUAACGCGCGUGUCUUUUGUUUAGUUAAUCGAACGUUCGGGUGAAAAUACUUCGUGCCCUAGAACUUUAUAGAAAUCAAUCGAUACUUCGCUUUGACGUCAUACUGCCACACAAUUGGCCAAUCGAACAAUGCCUUCUCCUUAUUACGGUUUUCUUUGGCGGGUAAACGAAGAGGCCAUGUUUUGAUCUUUUCAUCCAUUGGCUGAUAAAACAAUUAAUGAACACUUACAUUUGUACCGAAACCAUUUUUCAAGGUCAGACGAAAAUCGCUCUAACAGCAUUGAGAAGGCAUACAGAACAUAUCCAUCUACUUACAUUGAUGAAAUAGACACCUUACAAACAGAUUUGGAGGCUUCUUGAGUCUCAAGAAAAAAAGUAAAAAUAAACAAGAGUUUGUUCAUUUAACCAGCCUAGGGAGUUAAGUGCUGAUAUGCUUCUUGAUCAAGAAACAUACAUUCAGUCUGUGUAACUCUCUUUUUUAGUUACAAGUACUUGUCUUGCAUAGCUAUACAGAGAAGCAUCAAAUUCAGCUCUUUGAAAGGGGACAUAUUGGUGGAAUUGAUAUCAAGGUAAACAUUAAAAAACAGCUGGGUAUCUAACCACAGUCGAGACCACAGAAUAAGAUUGUUGGAUCAUAAUACGUUUCUGGGAAACUGCCCACCUACCCCUCCCAUAAGCCAACAUUAACACUUACUUCUCACUUAGGGAAAAAGAUUGGAUUAGGGGACGGGUAGGUGGCCAGUUUCCCAGAAUUGUAUAAUGAUCCAGGAGGGGGUGCACCGCUAAGGAAUGGCAUAACUGACUGGUGACGUAAAUACAUUUUAAAAGCGAAUAUCAAGAAGAAGGCUUUUGCAGGCUUUUGACUAGGCAAUAACAUAAUGUGAACUGCCGAGAAUACGUAUCAAACGAUACAGCAGAAUUCAGGGCCAAACUACCAUUUUUUGAUACGGUGUUUAACGUAAAUUCUCCAACCUCGUCUCGUGUUUUACUUCAGCACCAAUAAACCACCAAUUUUUCUUUUUUGGCAAAAUACCAGUUGAAUUAGAAAGCCGCAGGUCAUCUUGAGUAGAGGGGAACGGGGGUGCGCGAACCCCUCCACCCUCCCCCUAAAUCCGCCCCUGAGGUGUACGUGUACACACUUCUUCAUCGUCAUUAUCAGCAUCCUUCGGCCUCAGCCGAGACUCCUCAAACUACUCCUUUCCUCCUCCUUUUCACAUCGUUUUUUUUUUUGUAUCAGCCAUCACCAUAGAGACCUAGAGUGGAGGCCGAGGACGGGAUUUAAGUUUGAUUUUUUCGCGUAUUCUUAAAAAUCCAACCCCGGAAGGCGUCAUUGUACUUUUUUCACCAGAAAAGUUAGCACAGUUAUUUUUAUUGAAGAAGGUUUUAAAGUUCCCUCAUGAGCGUCUUGAUACUAACUUGUUUCCGUUCCUGCUAAAACUCGUAGUAGAAUGAUGACGGCUGUCGCGUUUUCCCGCCAAAAUGACGCUGGCUCACGCUCGAGCACUACUUGAAAAUCUCGUCCUCGAAGUCGUCCUGUUCUUUGAAUUUAAAGCUAAGGUCUUUGUUAUUCAAGUUCCUAACCACAGUCCCUCAUUAGGGAGCUCUCGCAUUUAUACGACGGGGACGGCAGCGCAAACGUCACACAAAAAGAGAAUUCGCGAUGCUUCAAACCUUUUGGCGUUUAUUCCAUCUCGUUGUCCAAUAUUGGCGAAUUUUUCUGUAGUUGAAUUCUAAAUGACUGUAAGUAAGUUCAGGAAAAGAAAAAUUAAGGCUAUGUUCACACUAGUACAGAUGGCUUUUGCGCCGACUCGAAAACUAUACCGGACAGGACUUCUGUUCACACAUAAGAACGGUGAUUCCGGCGCGAGUUCUGUGACGGAGCAACGCUACGCCGCGCCGCACUGAUCUGUGGAGAGUCACAUAUCGGAUAGGUGUUCACACUAGAUAAGCACACGAAAAGCUAUCGUUUCUCUUGUUCACGUCCUUCACAAAAUGUGAAAUUAGGAAGUUCACGUCCUAGUCCUGCAACAACGGCAAAAAAGGUACAAAAAAGCGUGAUGCACGUGCAGAGUUGUUGUUUUGCUUAAUAAACCUAUUCCUAUUGCUUUUUGCCGUUCUCGUUGCCGCGGCCGUUGUUGUUGCUAAAGCUGCCUAAUAUGAUGCCAGGAAAGGUUUAUAUUUUCUACGUCUUAGUGGGCGCGGCUUCGUCUCCAAAACAAGACGAAUUUUCUCAGUAGUGAUGUAUUUUUUCUUUGGCCUUUAUCAGGAUUGAAGUGGUUAACCCCUCUACAACAGCCACAUUGCCCCUUAGGUGGCCCGCCGUCCUUGCGAGGCGAGGCUGUGUAUUAGAAUGUCAGUAAAUAGUAAGGUGACAGGUUUUAAAGUUAAAAUCCUUGGAAAAUGUUUUUUUUUCUUCCCAGUAGCAAAAGAAGGAGACAGGAAAGUUUUAUCAGGAAAUGUUGGAGACAAGACGAACUGUUGAGGAAAAGACCCAAGAGGCGUAAGUAUCUUAUCUUGCCAAUAAUUAGCAAAAAAAAAUACUAACACUGACGCGAAUUGCAUUUGAAAUUAGAUCAUUCCUGGAAGAGAUGAAAAUUGUCCCGAACGGGACAAAUUAUGUCUUACGUCCGCAUUGCACUGUGAUUAAUGAACGUUUCCUGUGCAUUGUCGGAAAGCCUGGUUCCAGCGUACAUGUAUGUAAGUCGAGUUUUCCAUCGUUUGCUGGUUAGAAAACAGUUUGAGUCUGGAAAAAGAAAAGUAUUGUCUUAGAAAAAGUCCGGGAAAAGCCUCGAAUUUUCGAUCCAAAACUCUGUUCGAACCAUGCUCCAGUUGUGGAUACUAUUUCUGCUUCUCUUGGGUAUCCGCUCAACAGAGCGUCAACUGUAAUUAUUUGAGAGAUUUAGAAUAACGUUUACGGCAAACUGUAAACGUCAGAUGGAAGUGGACAAUUAUGAGAAAAAUCCAAUCCAAAAUCCUUCGUACUUUCUUACUGAUAAACCUCAGCGGCAUAAAACUUCUAAUAUUAGAGAGCUUUAGAUUUAAGGGCGAGUACAAGUGCGAGAUUUAACUUAAAGUUUUUGCUCGUGUUCUCAAACAAAAAAAGACACCCAGGAAAGCUUCACUGUACUUUUUUCACCAAAAAAGUUAGCGGGGUUAUUUAUACUGCAGGAGGUUAAGCUCUCUCCCGAUAGCAAAAUGCUAAAACUUUCUUACAUUUGAUAACUUGCUCGCACCACUACGACUUCCUUGCUAAAACUCGUUGUAGAAUGACGACGGCUAUCACGUUUUCCCGCCAAAAUGACGCUGGUUCACACGUGAGCAAUACUCAGUAUUGAGAAAAUCUCGUCCUCGUCAAAGAAUCUAAGGGUGCGUUUCUUUACUAAAAUCCAAAUCCGGAUUUUUAAUUGAUCUCGGAUUUUAGUGAAGAAACGCACCCUAAAGCUCUACAUUUAAGUAGAUAUAAAAAACAAUAAACGACAAGUAAAGGGGAAACUUGAUCACGUGGUGCAAAUUUCCGUUUGCUGUAGACGUAACUCAAGGUCCCUUCUUUUUUAGGACGCGAAUAAAGAAGCAGCGUGAUCAGGAAAGACAGCGUGCGUUCGAUGAUCGUCACUGGAGCAAAAAAUCCUUGGAGGAAAUGGUGGAAAGAGAUUGGCGGAUCUUGCGAGAAGAUUUCGCCAUCUCUACAAAAGGCAAGAGAUUCUAGGACAGGCUGUUGAAAUCUAGUCGUUUUUGGUCGUGGCCUUGUUUUAUCUGUGCUUUUUUUCUUUUUGUCUGUGGAUUGCUCUGUGUACUGUUAAAUACUAACAUAGUUGCAGUCUUAAUCGUCAUUUCCGUCGCAACUGAAGAAAAACAACAACUGAAGUGUUAUUACCCAAGGAAUGAGCUGAUUAUCACUAAAUACUCUUAGCUGUAAGGAAUUUUUUUCAGAAAAUGAGAACCAAUUUAAGAACCAAAAUAGCCUAAAUUUGUCCUUAUUGCCAUUUAUGUAAGAACGUGUUAAGGCUAACUAGGGAAAAUAUAGGUUCUUACUCACGGGUCAUUACUGUAUUUUCUCCCUCCUCAUUGCAGGUGGCAAGAUUCCAUUUCCUCUGCGCUCAUGGAGAGAAAGCACCCUUCCAACAUCAAUAUUAGAUAUUGUAGACAAACUGCAAUAUGAGGUAAGCCGGUCAUUUUGAUACAAAGUCGUUUCGAUACUAGUCGUUCGAUACGAACUCAAGAAGUGAAAUUGCCCAAAAAUUUUGAUCACUUCGAGUAAAGUUUGCAGUUGAACAAGAAAUACACUUUGGUUGAAUAUUCUUCGUUCUUUAAGCCAAGUACGUGAAACUAUUUACACCUCGAAGGAGCUAACUUGUAUCGAAACGACCGGUAACCCCCUUUAGUUUAGUCACUUAUCUCCCCCCCGCCCCCCGCCCCAAAUGUCACAACCAGAAUGGGGCUGGUUUAAUUUUCACACUCAAGUUAAACUGUUUCCUUACAUCGAUAUUCAUAGUUUGUAAUGUCUGGAAGACGGAGGCAAUGUUAUUAUUCCUUGCACACUUGGUAUGAGGGUUAGACUGUCAGAGUAUACGUUGAUGAAAAAUCUCGAAGCAUCAUCGGCUAUGCUUUUCUUAAUCUAGUCACUUAUUUAACCACAGCAGGGCUACCUCAGUUGGUAGAUCAGCAAUGGUCCAGAUUAGAAGGUUACAAAAGAACUGAGACAGAAGGUUCUGCGCCUGGCAAACGGCUAGACCUUCGCGCAGCUUGGAUGACCGCUUUGAAUACAACUGACUUUUAAAUGAAGUCGAUUUUUUUAUCUGUUUAUUUACUGGGAGGUUUCAUCUACUUUAAAUGAAAAAAGUGAUGUUAUCUGUAGGGCAGAGUUUACGCUCAGAAUUAUAUGAUUUUCCCAUGUGAAAAAGCUCUUUCAACUCGUACAAAUGUUUCAUUCGUCCAAACCGAAAGUAAACUUUAGAACAGCUCGCAGAUGAUCUGUCCUGUGUGUUCAUAGGAACCAACAUCAAUUCAGCGCCAAGCCAUUCCUAUUGGACUUCAGAACAGGGACAUCAUAGGAGUAGCUGAAACAGGUGAAGUGAGAACCCAGUAGGGUUGACUAUUGGGAAAAUUUUAACUACGGUGAAACCUGUAUUAAGCGGACACCCUUGGAAAAUGCUGUAGCGUCUUGCUUGAUACAGGGUGUCCGCCUAAUACAGAUUUCGAUAGAUAAUAUCAGAUGAGGUGUCAUAUGCCAUUCAAAUGAACAGUGGAAACGUUUAGAAUACUGCCAGAGACUAUGACGAUAUACGUUUGCAUUAAUUCUUUAUCAAAGUGGACCAAGAUCAUAGUACCACAAAGGUAGAUUGCAACUCAAAUUUGAAGAAAUCAGAUGAGUGAAACAAGCUCUAUACAAACAAAACGAAAUAGAAAACAAUACUGUACUGUGAAACUAAUCAAAUAAGUUCGUCAAGUCACGUUUUUUAAUGUAAAAAUCGAAAAAUUUGUGGGUGGCAAUUCGAGGCAAUCUUUCACAUUUUUGGUGUCUGGCAUGUUGGGUGGUGGAAUUUAAUUACAAGUGUCCGUUUAAUACAGGUUGGCAACAAUAGAAAUGACCAUUUCAGGUACCUUUUAGGUGUCCACAUCUGCUUAAUAGAGGUGUCCGCUUAAUAAAGGUUUCAUUUAAAGAAAAUAAGGGAAAUAGAUUUGGGGACUUCGGCUACUAUCCGCUUAAUAGAGGGUGUCCGCUUAAUACAGGUUUCACUGUAUAGAAAUUGUAUUGCAAUAGGUCACACGGAUAUUGAGAAUAGGCGGAUAACAUUUUUUUUUUCAAUAAAAAGGUAGUGGUAAAACAGCAGCAUUUCUGAUUCCUUUAUUGGUGUGGAUUAUGGGGCUGCCAAAGAUUGAACGUGACGCAGAUGCUGAUAAGGGACCUUAUGCUGUAAUCUUAGCUCCGACCAGGGAACUGGCACAACAGGUUAGUUGGUCAUUUCGCCCUCAGGCGAGUUGGCAUGAGGGCCUCAUGUCAACCCACCAGGAAACUGGCACGACAGGUUAGUUGGUCAAUUCGCCCUCAGGCGAGUUGGCAUAAGGGCGUCAUGUCAACUCGCCCCAACCGUUUCGCCCAAACAGAUGAGGCUCGCGUGCAAGAAUUCCUUAAGAGCAACGGUUAGUUUUUUUAGGAAAAAAGCCGAGUUUUUGUGGUCUACAUUCAUGGUAGUACAUACGUCCAUACAUACUUUCUUGUUUCCUCCCCAAAGGGGCUUUUCAGGAACAAUCAUUAUUUACAAUCAUUACAUUUAAUUACAACACUUACAUUAUUACUGAUUACAGUGCUUAACUUGUCACUAAUUACAAUGCUUAACGUAGCUAAGAAGUAUUUACAAAAUUAUCUAAAAGCUGGUUCCUUAAAAGAUAGUAGUACGUACGCCUGCUUGUCAGCAGGGUGGGGGGAGGGGGGGGGAGUGCUAAAUCACCGUAAACUAUCAGUUCGAUUAACUCACCAGGCUUCGUGCCGUAGUUGAAAGUAAGUACUUCCAUUGUUGCAAAGGUAUACCGCGUUAAAUCCGAGCCGACGGUGCAUUUGUUUUUCUAAUCUUGCCAGAUCGAAGAUGAAGCUGCCAAGUUUGGUCGUCCUCUUGGUGUCAGGACAGUGUCUGUGAUUGGUGGGGUAAGAAAUCUACGCAUAAGUCUGACAAUUUCGUUAUCAAUGGUGUGGUAGCUACCCUAGGUGCAAUGUUGGAACAAUGUUGGAACUAUUCGAAACAAUGUUGCAACGCUGUGUUGUGCUAAAAUCGUCCCGUGAACAUCACCUUAAAUCAUGUUCGCCCAUCGAAUCCGCCGUAACGAGGUAUAACGUGGUUCAUCCUACAUAUUGUUGGAGCGGACAUCUGUGGCCAGGACAUGUCGUACCUCGUGCGGUAGGAGUUCCCGUCCCGGUCGCGAGAAGAAUGCAACAGGACAAAAAUUUCCAACCGUGCGCUUAUUCCUUCUCCAACUUCCCUCCGAGCUUAGAAUUGCUUUCCUAUAAUUCGUAGAGACAGUUGUCGCUGGGUUUCCAAAAUGAAGUAUUUCCCUGCGUGAAACAGAAUUUCAUGGUUGCUGAGCCCGGAGUUAGUCGCUUAAUAGAGAGUCUAAAUACAGCGUUUGUGUCAAAUGGGAUUUUGAAAUCGAUAAGAGAGAUGAGCACGCAGCCAUAAAAGAAUAAAAUAAUAAAAAGUCAAUUAACACGUACCUUUUAUACAUUUUAACUCCAGCUUUCUCGCGAGGACCAAGGAUUUCAGCUAAGGCUUGGUUGCGAGGUAAGCUAAUCUCUAGUGCCUCUUUCAUGCGCUGCAACUAGCCUUCGUGGCCAGACCGAGAGAGGGAGGAGGAACUUCCCUCCUCCCUCACCCGCUCCUCGCGGUAUCGUGCGCCCGAAUUCCCCCUACCCCGCUUCAUCCCUUCCCCCGACCCCCCCUCCGCCCGAUCGAACACCUGGCUCGUAAGCCACACUACAACGCACUCUCCAGACAAAGAGGGUGAAGAAAAAUUCAUUGACCACCUAAGAAAUGGGAAGGGAACCGGGGCCCAUUUCCGAAAAGUCCCGGUAACUUUUCGAGCCCGAAAUCAAAUAUUCAAAUCGAAAUAUAAAGAAUAAGAGCGCGGGUCCUGGCUAGCAAACUACUCCAUUUUGUUUCAUUAACUGAUAGUUACUCUUGAAACCUCGAUCUUAGAUGUAAACGAGAGACAUCUUACCGGGCCCGUUAAUAAUCGGGACUGUCGAGAAACGGGCCCCUGGAGCCGAAAUGCGUGCCGCAAUUGUUUCUGGGAUGGUUACUAAGGACGCGCCGGUCAGCUAUUGGCCAAUUUUUUUCCGUGUCCCUAGUAACAGUCCCAGGAGUCUUUGCAAAAGUUCACUGGGCCCAGAUUACCUCUCCUUUUUACAAUGGCGAGUUGUAGAGAAGUGCUUGUUGCCUUUUAUGUUAACAUGUAUCGCUGAGUACUUACUCCGUUAUAAUUUUUUUUCAGAUUGUCAUUGCUACACCUGGUCGUCUGAUUGAUGUGCUUGGUAAAUGUUUUCUUUAUAUUUCUCAUUUCUGCUUGUGCAGUGUUGGCACCCUACAGUAUCACGAGAUGAUUCGAAAACUACAAUCAUUGGUUUUCUAGCGUUUUUUCGAAAUAACACUGUAAUACUUGAGUCUACUUUUAUCCGAACCGUCCUUAGCCAAGUGUAGUUGUCUUGUGAUAGUGUAGUAAGUUUUUGUUUGGGUUGAACAGGGUAGGAAAUUUUCCUUCAUCAACGGCCGCUGUUCCUGGAGUCGAUGAAGGUUUCAAUCCAAGACCCUGGUCCUAACUCCAUGAGUUCUUUCCCUACUGUUGCUCUCCUUGUCUUUCAGGGUUUCUCUAUUUUUCGUGCCUUCAGUUCUGGUGCCCAUUUGAUGCCGGUGCGGGAAUUUGAAAUGGUAUAGAGUUAAACUAAGUUAUUCAAAAUUCAAGGCGAAAAAGAAUCUGACUGUAUCUUCUCUUAGACAUGGCAAAUGUGAAUCUAUAGAGUUGCAAUUUCGUUGUUCAUAAGAUUUGAAGUAAUUGAUUGAAGCGUUUUGUUCUUCUUUCUCUUACAGAAAAUCGAUACCUUGUGCUCAGUCGCUGUUCAUAUAUUGUUCUUGAUGAGGUUAGUAGUAUUAAUUUGUUUUAAUUUUUGUUUUUGCGAAAUUUUAAAUCAAAUGAAGAAUAAGCUAUUUUACAAAGGAAAAUGCGGUGGAAAGCCCUACUCUAUACUCGAUCAUUCGUCUUUAGAAAAUCUGAGCCAUGUCUGUGGUACUAUUUUAGGCUGAUCGUAUGAUUGACAUGGCCUUUGAACCUGAUGUUCAGAAGAUCUUGGAGCAUCUUCUACUGAGCAACGUCAAACCUGAUUCAGAAGAUGCCGAGGAUCCAGAAAAGCUGUUAGCUUAUAUGGGAAAGGACAAGUUUAGACAGGUUCGUAUAAAUAAAUUAAUUAAUUAAACCGCGGGCUCAAUGUUUCAGUGUCUUUCGACUGGGGAGCUGGUUAGUAGGCGGGACUUAAAGAAUUUUCACGGUUCACAUGAAGUUGCCUUUAAUAUAAUAGUGAACUUACCCAACAGGACGGGAGAGAAAAGAAGACGGCAAACCUUGUGUGACAAGCGUGACUAUAAUUUUGGUUGAAUAAACUUUCGGCCAAACUUCACCUUCCUUUGUACAGACCUUUUUUUAAGAGACCAGAAAACAGUAAUGAUAUGGGAAGACCACGACAAAACACGCAAUUAAUAGCCCUGUCACAUUUGUCACACACAAGCAUUUGCCGUCCUUCUCUUCAUGCCGCCCUGUUGCGUAAACUCACUAAUAACUGUUUGUAGCCUUCGUAUUUCGUUUGUUUCAACAACGAAAAUAGGAGAUGUCUCGUCGAGGAGAUGAAGUUGUGACUCUAGUCAGUGGACACUACUAGAAUGCAGUGUAACCACUAGUUGAACUUUUGAACAAUAUCACUAAAGACCUGUGAACUGAGAUUAGUAUCAUUGGCUUUUCUGUUUCACCUUUUUUUAGACUGUAAUGUUUACGGCGACAAUGCCUCCACAAGUAGAACGCUUGGCCAGAAACUAUCUAAGGUCAGUUAUCGGUUUUACUGUGUACUGAAACUGUGUUUUCUAAAUAGAUGUGCUUCAUUGGCGAUCUAUCCGCAUACAAAGCCGCUCACAUUAAUUAUAAAUAACUAAAUAAUAAAUAAUUCCGGUAUAUACCCCCGGUAGAUUUCGAGCAGUCUCUCUUUAUUCUUGGUCGGUCGAGCAAAACGCGCGUGACUAAAGGCGCGAGACGGGAGAGGCAUGAAAAAAGAGAGACUCUCUUUUAUCUUCUCGGGCUGCCGCAGUCGUUUCUAGCGUCUCGCUCGAAGCUCGCGCGCGUGCAUUUUCCUCCAUAAAUCUGAAGAAAAAGAGAGACUGCUCGCAUUCUAACCCCCCAGCAAUGUUUACCGCGCAAGGCUGGUGAGACCGAGCAAACGACUGAAAAAAAUAGGUCAAAAAGACCAUUUCCGUACUCGAAAAUCCCUCACUUUAAAAAAGCGAGGCCGUGUGCAUGACCCCAUUUGUGAAAAUGAAUUUAAUUUGCUUGAGAAUUAAAAAAUCGUUUUCAUAUCAGAGACUUUGCACACUUAGUUUCGUUUUAAAACAGUGGCUUGGGACAACUUGAAAUUUGCCCAUACACGUAACAAGACUAACAAUACCAACUGCAUAGAGGCAAACCAGUUGGAUAUUUACAACCUUGGUUGAGGAUUUGAACAAAUCCAGCAAGCGAUUAGGGCUGGUAUUGAACCCAGGGUCUUCGGAUAGCAAGUCCACCAACGCCUUAACCGCUCUGCCACGCUGCCGUCUACCCUUGAAUCCCCAAUAUCAGCACCCAUAUUCCAGUUCUAAUCAUAUUUAUCAACACCUGUACGUUUAAGCAGUGAUACGUUAGGGAGCAAUUAGAUGCUGAUCUACAUCAUAAAACGAGGAGCAUUGACGAAUAAUUCUUUGGUAAAAAGCAAUCUUAAGUGACUGGGAACCUAACAUUGUGAUGCUUUAUUUUUCUUUCAGGCGCCCAGCUGUGGUUUACAUCGGUUCUAUAGGUAACAAGUCUGUUUUAACCCUCCUUCAACGGGAUAUACAGUGUAACGGGGAUCUUUCUGUUCCUUUUUUUUCCCUUUGCUGGAUUAUGACGGUCACACAUCGGUCAUUGACGCUGCAUAUCCAACCAAUUUUACACCAUACUGAAUUAUGCCAGGGAUGAUUUCCUGAAAACUAGCUUACCACGUUAUGAGCUAAACUGCAGUUGUCAGGUUCAUCUUGCGAGCCUGGUUCCUCAAAAGAUAUCAGUUUAGUUUAACCCAGGGUAAAACCUAAUUUUAAGCAAAGUUUUCUUGUUGGAGGUUUUGAAAUAUUGUCCAGGUUAUUAAAGCGGGCAGCUCUACUGUUUGUAUUUCUGUAUUAAAGUAAUUCAAUUUUCUCUCUUCACGUCACAGGCAGACCAGUCGAGAGAGUGGAACAGAAAGUUUAUUUGGUUAAAGAACAAGCAAAGAGGUACGCCUGCGUGUAUCAUCUCUUAUAUAUUUAUUAAACUGUAGCAAUGUAAAAAAAUAUAUAUUUUCGCGAGAUUAAUUGCGGUAUACUGUAGUUUUUUACUUCGAGGUCACAUUAUGUCUAACAGUUGAACUGUUUCCCGCCAAAAUCUCUUAGCAGGCAACAUUGCAAAAUCUAUGACAUCGGAAGGUAACAGUGCACUGUUACCUGCGAACGUUGAGGUUUAAUGAAUUUCAAGCUAUAUAGCAAAUCACUUCGGGAAACAGUUAAUUUUGUUUCCGUUGAAUCUCAAUGUCGUCCUCGGCUUAUUAGGAAAUAAUAUUAGCUGUUUCGCUCGGGACCAGUCAUUUUAAAAGUGUUUAUUGUUGUUUCCUUGACAGGAAGAAGUUGUUAGAGAUACUGAACGCUGGCAUUGAUCCUCCGAUCAUGAUAUUUGUCAAUCAAAAGAAGGUGAGAAUUGCGUGUCACCGCAGCUGAUAGUUGAGAUGACGUACAAAAAAAUAAACAUAACCCACGGAAAGUGAGCGAGGAUCGGUGAGAGCGAGGGCGGAGCUCUCAUGCACUGACUCCCUCCUUGUCUUCGUUUAGCCCGCGUGGAAGGCGUUUGAAGGGGAUAGGUCGGAACGCGAGGAAGGAGGGAAGCCAUCGCGCGAAUUUCACGUACUCGCGUGCCUUACUUCCCCUUUUCCCGUCUUCAAUGCUGGCUAGUCUUCGUUCACCCCUUUAGUUUUCUCCGCUGUUUCUAUCUGAGAUCUUGCGACAGGAUAUCAGGGACCUUUAGGCUAUAAUCGCACUAUACCGGACAGAGUUUGCGCCGGCACGAAAAUCAUACCGGACACUAGGGCUUCUGUUCACACCUAACAACGGUGAUUUCGGCGCGAUUUCUGUAACCGAGCGAAGCUGCCCCGCGUUGUCUCUAAACUGGAGAGUCACAUAUGGGAUAAGUGUUCACACUAUGCCGGAUAGAUUUUGCGCAGACACAAAAACCAUACCGGAUAGGACUUCUGUUCACACUUAAGAACGGUGAUUUCGGCGCGAUUUCUGUAACGGAGCGAAGCUGCCCCGCGUUAUCUCUAAACUGGAGAGUCACAUAUGGGAUAAGUGUUCACACUAUGCCGGAUAGAUUUUGCGCAGACACAAAAACCAUACCGGAUAGGACUUCUGUUCACACUUAAGAACGGUGAUUUCGGCGCGAUUUCUGUAACGGAGCGAAGCUGCCCCGCGUUAUCUCUAAACUGGAGAGUCACAUAUGGAAUAAGUGUUCACACUAUGCCGGAUAGAUUUUGCGCAGACACAAAAACCAUACCGGAUAGGACUUCUGUUCACACUUAAGAACGGUGAUUUCGGCGCGAUUUCUGUAACGGAGCGAAGCUGCCCCGCGUUAUCUCUAAACUGGAGAGUCACAUAUGGGAUAAGUGUUCACACUAUGCCGGAUAGAUUUUGCGCAGACACAAAAACCAUACCGGAUAGGACUUCUGUUCACACUUAAGAACGGUGAUUUCGGCGCGAUUUCUGUAACGGAACGAAGCUGCGCCGCGCCGAUCUCUUAAGUGGAGAUUCACAUAAGGGGCGGAUCCAGGAUUUUUACUGGGGGGUGAAUGAUAACAAUCGGCCAUCAAACUAUACGUUAAUUUAUUUUAAGUUGUCCUACGUUUGUACCAAAACAUGGCGAUUUAGAAGGGAUGAAGAAUGUGAAUCGGAUAAGUUUUCAUACUAUACCGGAUAGCUUCUCGCUUUGCCACGAAAAGCUGUCUGGUAUAGUACGAACACAGCCUGAGAUUGGAUUACGAGUAGGAGAUUGAGUAGGUGCUUUCAAACCAAGUUCAUGAGCUCAAGAUAAACACUUUUCACAACAAUCUCUUACGUCUCUUUACGUUUUGUUAGCAACAGGAACGAGGGAGAGCUCUGAGAACAUAAAUGGCUUGAAAGUCCAAUGUCGUACUCGUAAUCGAUGAUCACGCUCUCCGAGAUAAAUCUAAAGGUUGCUAAUUGUUACUUAUGAGACGACAUAUCUGUAAUAAAGUUUUGCUGAUUUACUCUUUUUCGGUCUGUCUUAGGGAGCGGACGUGCUCGCCAAGUCCCUGGAAAAAAUGGGCGUAAGUUUUCGUUUGUGGCGUUGGGCAUGGGUGAUUUUAUAUCUUUUCUCUUCGAUGUUGGCUAUGGUUUUGUUGUAAUUUGUUUUAGCAAACGAACUUUAGACUGCGAGCAAGAUCUCCAUUGGGGGUUGGGGGGUGGGGAGAAGUCACGCGAGAGCAGCACGCUCGUGCGUUCUCUCGCCAUACAUGGAGAGCUGGCUAGCAGGCUAAACGAACUUGAGUGAAGCAGUGACUGCUUGAACGCCAGCCCGGAUAACUAAGUUGUAUUUAUAUAAGGGUUUUUUGGGCCGGGUAAAACGAGCAAAUCCUGUUUUGGUCGUCAGUUUUGACUGACAGCGUAUAAGGCGGACCGUGAACACUUGGGGCAAACGUUUUUCACUGUCAUUCUUAAAGUGCCUGGUUUAUUUGAUUUCAUCCACGAUCGUUUUUCUCCUUUUUUUUCUUCAGUUGCAUACCUCCCGUUUUAUAUUUUUCGUUUCCGAGAGCGGGCACUGACGUAACUUCCUAAAUUUUUUUAUAGUUCCGUGCUACAACACUCCAUGGUGGACGAAACCAAGAACAAAGGUGAGGUUUAGAUGUAACCUCUUCUUGUUAUUUCGUCGUCAUGGUUGUUAAAUGUCUGUUUUGUAAAUCUAGCGAGACACAGAGAGUGUAGGAAACUAAGAAAACAAGGCUACUGGACGGAUGGAAGGAUGUUUCAGUGAAAUUCCCGAAUGUUUUGUUAACCGGUGUUGCCGUUUUUUUACGUGAAGUUAUGAUCGUCGCAGUGGUAGUUGUAAUUAAUAUUUUAAGCAAUUACAAAUAUGUAUAAACCCGAAAAAAAAAUUUCGGGACUUCAUCGAACCCAUGGCCUCUGCGUUAGCACUGCAGUGCACUACCAUUUGAGCUAUGAAGACCCAUAUAUUGGGAGCAGGCUAAUUUGUUGAGUUCAGCUUAGCCGGUGAAAGGAAUGAAACAUAAAAGAUGAUGUGAACUGCGGAAGUACAAAUUUUAUGGAGAUAUGAUCGUCGAAGUGGUAGUUGCAAUUUAGGCAAUAGCAAAUAAACCCGAAAAAUAAAAAAAGGUCUUUAGAAUAAACAGCUCUGUCAACGAUAAUCUUCAAUCGGGCCUUUUUUUUAAGCAAACACGACGAGCCCGCUGUCGUUUGCUUGAUUAAACCUUGCACCAUUUUUGCCAUGCAUCUCUACCCGCGGUUUCAAUCAUCUGUUCGCCAACUGAGUCCACCAUACAUACACGGUUACAUAACAUGUGCAUCUUAAUUCUGAACCUGUCAUAAAGAUUCUUUUUGUUGGUUUUCUUUCAGAGAGUUUGCUUUGUCGAGUCUUAAAGCUGGUGCUAAGGACAUCCUAGUGGCCACUGAAGUAGCCGGUCGUGGUAUUGAUAUCAAGUAAGUUUCAUGAUAAACAGUUUGAUUCUUUGUUUUCUCGUUUUUGUUGGCUCCUCGCCUGAAGAUGAUUUUCUUAAAAUCAUUUUCAAACCCAACCUGGAUACCGGU